AAUGACAUCAGUGUGGUUUUUCUUGUGAUGGGUGGACUGGCGGGGCGGCCCUCCUUCGAACCGACUGGUCGGACCUCCAAGACCACUGACCCAACCCUCUGCUCCAGUCCGAUGUAUAAGAGCAGGAUCCGGGUCGACAGCUGACCCACUCUAAACCUUUGGGACCGGAUCCUUCAUUUGGACUUUUCAGCUCUAAUCCGAACCCUGACCGGGUCAUGGACCUGUCAGACCUGUCCCUCUCCGUCCCCCCAGCAGAUGAGUUCUACGAUGACCCCUGUUUCAACGACAUGCGCUUCUUCGAGGACCUGGACCCGCGGCUGGGUCUACUGAAGCCGGACAUCCCCUCCUCCUCCUCCUCAUCCUCCUCAUCCUCUCCGCCGGCCUUCCUCCACACCGAGGCUCGGGACAGCGAACACGUGCGCGCGCCGGGCGGCCUCCACCAGGCGUCCCGGUGCUUGCUGUGGGCCUGCAAGGCCUGCAAGAGGAAGACCACCAGCGCGGACAGGAGGAAGGCGGCGACGAUGCGCGAGCGCCGGCGGCUCAGCAGGGUCAACGACGCCUUCGAGACCCUGAAGCGCUGCACGACUACACCCAGCCGGAACCCGAACCCGAACCAAAAGCUGCCCAAAGUGGAGAUCCUGCGGAACGCCAUCACCUACAUCGAGUCCCUGCAGGCGCUGCUGCGGAGCGGCCAGGAGGACGGCUUCUACCCGCUGCUGGAGCUCCGCAGCGCGGACUCCGCUGCGUCCAGCCCCCGCUCCAACUGUUCCGAUGGCGCGAUGGACUUCAAUGAAACAACAAAUCGAUCAAUCAGCAGCUCUUAUUUCUCAGAGACAUCAACAGUUGGUCCGAGGCGGGACCGGAGCUCCAUGGUGUCCAGUCUGGACUGUCUUUCCAGCAUUGUGGAGAGGAUUUCCACAGACAGACCUGGUUUUCCAGGCAGCCAAGGACCAGAACCUGGUCUGAUCCCCUCCCCCACAGCCAGCCAGGACCCAGACCUCAUCUACCAAGUUCUAUAGAACUUUU